AUGUCGAGUACUCCUUCUCUCGAAGAACAGAUCGCGUCGCUCACACAGACGGUGCAAUCGAACAGAGAAUCUCUGGACGAUGCUACCCGAUUGAGGACUCUCAAGGCCGCACGAGGCCUUCUGGACGCCCUGGGGUCUCCACCAGAAACUGUGAUGCAAGAUGUGGUCUUAAAUCCUGUUUUGCUUAUGGCCCUUCGCAUGGGGGUGCAGCUUGGUGUAUUCCGGAUGAUCUGCGACCACCAAGAAGAGGGGACAACUACCGAGCAAAUCGCGAGCCAGUCAGGAGCAAGUGUUCUCGUUGUCGGUCAGAUCUUGAGGUUGCUGGCCGCCGCAGGAUACGCGUCAGAGACAGGAGUCCAAACCUACAAGCCCUCCCCUCUCACCAUGGCGAUGGCGGAUGGGACUCUUGAAGCGACCACUAGAGCAUGUUUCGAUAUUGGAAAUUACUGCACUACCUAUGCCCCAGAAUACUUCCGUCAGAAUAACAAUCAGUUCCCAACAUCGGUAGAAGAGACUCCCUUCCAGCUAGCCAAGAACACUCCCAUGAGUUACUUCGCGUGGCUGGGACAGAACCCGUCCCUGGCGAAGGACUUUCAGCAAUGGAUGACACUCAAGCAGCAAACAACCCCAAACUGGGUGGACUGGUUUGAUAUUCCAGGCAGCCUCCUUGGGGGCUUUCGCAACCAGCCGGAUGAUGUCUUGCUGGUGGAUGUGGGUGGCGGCGAAGGACACUAUCUCCACGCAUUCAAUGACAAAUUUCCUGAUGCCCCGGGGCGUCGUAUAUUGCAAGAUCUACCGCAAGUGAUUUCCACCAUUAACAACCCCCCAAAGGGUACUGAGUUGAUGGCGCAUGAUUUCUUUACCGCUCAACCAGUGAAAGGAGCUCGAGCAUACUAUAUGCAUUGGAUCCUGCAUGACUGGCGAGACGAGCAAGCGCACAGGAUCCUCGGCAAUAUCGUUGAUGCCAUGGAGCCAGGUUAUUCUCAAUUGAUCAUCAACGACCAGAUCAUCCCUGACCAGGAUUGCGACUUUGCCACCGCGUGUAUCAGCAUCAUGAUGAUGCUCCAGGUCGUGCCUUCGAACGCACCGAGAAGCAGUGGCGUGCUCUUCUGA